CGAUUUCUUUCUUUGAUUCCUGGUAGAUGAUGGGUUUGGCGAGAAAUGUGCUUUGAGUCCUCCGUCACAGCUCUACCAUUGCUGACCGGAGAGUUGAAAGAUGGAAAGGGCCAGACUGGAUUUAAGAUUUCAUCACUCAGGAUCAACACAAUCGGAGGAAUCAGCUCUAGAUUUGGAAAGGAACUACAGCAUUCAUCCUAAUCUACCUUUAUCAUGUCCACUACCGCCUUCAACCCUUUAUGUCAGGUGCUCAGCAUUCCGAGAGCAGUGCUGCCUACUCCUGGUGUACUUCAAGUAGAUUAAAUGAUGCGGCAGAAGAUAGGGCAAACUACUUUGGAAACCUUCAAAAGGGGGUGCUGCCUGAAACUCUGGGGCUGUUGCCAACAGGGCAAGCAAGUUACCACUUUGCUUGAGCUAAUGACCAUUAGAGCAUUUCACAGCAAGAUCUUGCGCCGAGUCAGUCCUGGCACUGCAACUGGGUUUCGAAUUCGAAAGGGUGGACUGACAUAUAUUCCUGCUAUUCUUGUCUUUGUUGCCGGUAAAGUUCACAGGCAAUGGCUCAACCACGUCCAAUGUCUACCUGCUGUCCUUGAGGGGCCUAGAGGUGUACGGUGUGCCAUACCAAUUCCCAUUUCUCUCUUCAACACCCCUCUCAGGGCACUAUGUUCCUACCACCAUGUUCAUGACCCUGGCACCACUCCAGCACUCCCCACUUCUUCAUCGCCAUCAUUAUCAGCACAAUCCAAAUCUCUUGUCAGAGUAGUCUGUUCAUUGGUCUGUGACUCUUUCUACCAACAACCCCAUGUGAGAAUAUCGCCUCCCAAGCUCAAUCUUCAACAGGAUGCUAAUUUGUUGACCCAAGAACAAGCCAUUACAGUCGUUGCUUCACUAGCUGCUGAGGCAGGGUCAAUGGUGGCGUUGAGUUUCUUUUACUGGGCAAUUGGGUUUGCCAAGUUUCGCCAUUUUAUGCGGCUUUAUAUAGUAUGCGCUGCAUCAUUGAUUGGUAAUGGGAAUAUGGAGAGGGCUCAUGAAGUGAUGCAGUGUAUGGUAAGGAGUUUUGCUGAGAUUGGGAGGCUAAGUGAGGCUGUUGAUAUGGUUAUUGAGAUGCAAAAUCAAGGUUUGGCACCAAGUACCUGCACUUUAAAUUGUGUGAUUCACAUUGGGUGUGAAAUGGGUCUGGUUGAAUAUGUCGAGAACAUGUUCAAGGAAAUGUGUGGGAGAGGGGUGUCUCCUGAUCAUUGCAGUUAUAAGUUGAUGGUUAUUGGUUAUUGUAGGAUGGGCAGAAUUUUGGAGGCAGAUAGAUGGUUGAAUGAAAUGCUUAAGAGAGGCUUUGUUCUAGAUAAUGCGACUUUUACUUUAGUUAUUAGUGCAUUUUCUGAGAAGGGUUUUGUGAAUAGAGCUUGUUGGUAUUUUGAUAAGAUGAUUGAGAUGGGUUUGAUACCAAAUGUGAUUAAUUUCACGUCUUUGAUUCAUGGGUUGUGCAAGAGGGGCAGCAUUAAGCAAGCAUUUGAAAUGUUGGAGGAAAUGGUUAGGAAAGGUUGGAAACCUAAUGUGUAUACUCAUACAGCAUUGAUUGAUGGGCUCUGCAAGAAGGGAUGGACUGAGAAGGCUUUUAGACUAUUUCUGAAACUUGUCCGGAGUGACAAUUACAAGCCAAAUGUUCAUACAUAUACAGCCAUGAUUAGUGGGUAUUGCAAAGAGCACAAGUUGAACCGUGCUGAGAUGUUGUUAGCCAGAAUGAAAGAACAGGGAUUGGUCCCCAACACCAACACAUAUACUACUCUCAUUGAUGGGCACUGUAAAGCAGGUACUUUCGGAAGAGCAUAUGAGUUGAUGAAAGUAAUGAAUAAUGAAGGUUUCACACCUAAUAUCUGUACAUAUAAUGCAAUUAUUGAUGGCCUUUGCAAAAGGGGAAGGGUUCAUGAGGCUUAUAAAUUGCUUAAGAAGGGUUUUCGUUGUGGAUUGCGAGCAGAUAGAGUCACGUAUACUAUCCUCAUAUCUGAGCACUGUAAACGGGCGGAUACUAUGCACGCCUUGGUGUUUUUCAACAAGAUGGUCAAAGGUGGCAUUCAACCUGAUAUUCAUACAUAUACCACACUGAUUGCUGCCUUUUGUAGGCAAAAGAGAUUGAAAGAGAGUGAGAAGCUUUUUGAAGAAGUUGUAAUGCUAGGCCUAGUUCCAACUAAGCGGACGUAUACAUCCAUGAUAUGUGGGUACUGUAGGGUUGGAAAUGUUAACUCAGCUGUAAAGUAUUUUCAUAGGAUGAAUGAUCAUGGCUGUACACCGGACAGUAUUACAUAUGGUGCUCUUAUAAGUGGGCUUUGCAAAGGGUCUAAGUUGGAUGACGCCCACCGGUUAUAUGACACCAUGAUAGACAAGGGGCUAUCCCCAUGUGAAGUUACUCGGCAGACCUUGGCUUAUGAGUAUUGUAAAAUAGAUGAUUCUGCUACGGCCAUGAUCAUAUUAGAAAGGCUAGACAAAAGGCUCUGGAUCCAGACAGUUAAGACCUUGGUCUGGAAGCUUUGUAGUGAGGGGAAAGUGGGCAUAGCGGCAUUGUUCUUUUAUAGAUUAUUAGAUAAGGACCGUAAUGCGGAUCGUGUGACUUUGGCAGCAUUCACGACUGCAUGCUACGAGAGCAACAACUAUGCUCUUGUUUCUAACUUGUCCGAGGGGAUCUCUAAAGGAAUUGCAUAGUUGUUGUUGCUUAAUCAUGGUGGGUGAAUUCAUUUGUGUUGAAAAGCUGAGCUGCUGAAGCAAGUUUUGUAGUUUGAUUCCUCUUCCUACUGUUGAUAACUUGAAGACUCAGCUGCCUAGCAGCAUGAUAAGCCAGUGAUUCUCAUUAUGUAUUUUGUAGAGUUCCAUUCCAUAUAACGUCUUCAGUCAUUUCUGAAUAACAACCAAAACGUAUUGCAACUGCAUUGAAUAAUUGAAGGGAUUGGCCACAGGUGUUUUCUUCUCUUGACGAGUUCACGUUUGAACUCCCAACUUUUCUCUGCGUUUGACUGGGAGAUCUUCAUUAAGGUCAGAGCGAAAAGAAAAAGAAAAAUUCAAGGGUCUGAACUGGGGAAGUGUCAGAAUCAGUGUUCAAUAUUUAUUGAUUUUUUAAUUGGUAAUUGUACAUAUGCUAGUUCUUUUGUCUCUUAUAGAAAUUGGAUUACAUCUUACUUGGGUUGAAUGUGAUAUGUUGAAUAAAGGCCAAGUUAUUUCAGUGUUAGCAAUAUGUGCCAUCGGAUGUAUCUCUUAUAGAAAUUGGAUUACGUCUUACUUGGGUUGAAUGUAAUAUGUUGAAUGUAGGCCAAGUUAUUUCAAUGUUAGCAAUAUGUGCCAUCUGAAGUAUCUAUGUUUCUUUGUCUUAUGCCCUUUUACAAACUUCUCAGUCAAGAUGGGGAAUCCAAACUCUCCACAUACUAGGGCGUGCACUUAUUACUUCAUCAUAUAGCUUUUGGGCUUGGAAUAAUCCACAAGCUACAGUGAAAAAUUGUUGUGAUAAGGCUGCUACCUGCAGCUUCUCUUCCUGUUCGCCAAAUGCAACAUUUCGCUACAGUGAUUCAACAAAUCUGAAUUAUCAUUGUUGCUUCUGUUCUCCUUUGUUUAAUAGCUUCUGACUAUCUCUCUUACCCUCAUCUUUUUUUGUCUGAAACUCACUUACUCUCUCUCUCUUGCAAGCUCAUUCCUCUGUGUCUCUCAUAAAACUCUCUUCUUCUCUCAGGCUCGAUUGAUUGAAGGUGGAGUUGGGGUCUCCAUCGAAGCCAGGAUUCCUCUCUCUCGCUUGCUCGUUUGAAGGUUUCAAAUGUGCUAUACAGGAGAGUUUAAAAAUACUUGUUGCUUGAAUCAAUGAAAUCUAAUGUUUUACAAAUUUCUCCGAGUGAUAAAGAAGUUUCUGUCUCAUGAUGAUUAUUCCAUUGUCAUGUAGGUAAUUCUGCUACUUUUCUUGAUGGAGACAAAGCUACACCAGAUAAUGCUGAUGAACUGAAGAAAUGGUAUCAUUCCUGGCUGUUUCAAGCAAUUUUGGUUGUUUGAGAGAGUAUAUUGUAGAAACAUAUUGAGGACACAAAAUAACUUUAUAUUGAUAGCAAUAUGGAAGAAUGCCCACUCCUUAUACUUUUUGCUGAA